AUGGGUGCACCGGAAAAGAGUGGCACAGCUACUGAAGGCGGCACUGGAUCAGCACACGGUCCUAACUGGGAAUACAACUGGGGUUGGGGUUCAAGCCCAAACAGCGGAUGGGGUUAUGGUUCUGGCUCUGGUAGGUCUCCCAAUGGUUUUGGCAAGGGUUCUGGCUAUGGUUCAGGCUCUGGCUCAGGAUCCGGCUCGGGCUCCGGUUAUGGAUCUGGUGGCGGUAGUUCUGGUCAGGGAUCUGGGACUGGAAGUGGCGGUGGUUCUUCUGGUCAUGGAUAUGGAUUUGGAAGUGGUUCCGGACAUUCUCCCCAUGGGUGA